AGAGCGCCACGUCACGUCCGGUGGUUCUCCUGUCUUCACAGUGUUAGAGGUUAAGAGUACAGUGGCACCAGCGACCGCUUAGAAAUACAAUAACUUAUUUUGUGAAUGUACAUUCCCGACAGUCGUUCCACGAAACUUUCGUUUGCCUAAUACAAGUGAGUUUUCCCACACAGACUUAGUUGUACAGUAGUUUUUGGAAGCUAUGUGCGGAUAGCAGUAGCACACGGUCGUCAGUGCGUCCGAUGUAAAUCACGAUGCCCCUCGGUCCUGCCAACCAGUCUCAGCUAAUUCGAGCUGGACAGAAGGACGAGUACUAUCAAACCUUCCUUAGGAACAACGCAAAUGAAGCCUUUCAAACGCUUGCCGGAUCCAAAAAGUGGCUCGACUGGAGGAAGGAAGUUGAGCUGGUUUCAGACGUCGCCUAUUUUGGUUUAACAACACUCAUAGGUUACCAGACCCUGGGUGAGGAGUACGUCAACAUCAUCCAAGUUGACCCCAGUAAAAGACGCAUCCCCUCCCCAACCAGACGAGGCGUCUUUGUUUUCUGCCACACAUUCCUGCCCUACCUCUUGGACAAGGUUUUGGUCUGUUUGGAGAACGAGCUCGAAGGCCCACAAGAACCUGGCUGCAGUAUCAGACGGCGGCAGGCAGCAUUUGGGGCUUGGAGCCUUGAGCUGUGGCUGAGGAGAUCCAUGCGGAGGGCAGUAGGACUCUUGUCAGAGCCCCAGAGGAGAAAGUGUUUGCCAGCUGUGUUUGUCCUCCAGCAGACACUGACGCUCCUGCACAGAUUCCAUGUGGCCCUCUUUUAUGUCAGCGGCAUUUUCUAUCAACUGUCCAAGAGGGCUUCAGCAAUCAGCUACCUGCAUUUUACAGGGGCGCGUAGUGAUGACGGGACCAUCAGGAGCUGCUACAGGCUGCUGGGCGCCGUCUCCUUCAUCCAGCUGCUCAUCACAGUGUGUCUGCAGCUCAACAACUUUAGACAGAGACAGAGAUCCAGGCAGGAGUGGAAGCUCUACAGGAACCUCGCUGGAAGUCCACAGCAAACCCAGAAGUCAAGGUCCCGGGCCGCUCGCUGCAUCCUUUGCCUGGAGGAGCGCAGACAUCCGACUUCUACCCCCUGUGGACACCUCUUCUGCUGGGAGUGUAUCACAGAGUGGUGCAACACCAAGGCAGAGUGCCCCCUGUGCCGUGAGACGUUCCAGCCUCACAGACUAGUGUACCUGAGGAACUACAGCUAGAAGACGCAUACACUGCUGGUGGACUCAUUUAAUUUUUAAAACUAAUUUAUUUCAACUUAAGUGGUCUCAAGGCUAUCCACAAAAACAAAAUGUAAAAUAAUAUUUUCCAUAAUGCAGCUUUCUCUGUUCCAAAUGAUGUAUGACAGAUAGACAGGUGUCUAGCUUUGUAAUGAUAAUUGUGCCUUUUUUUUAUGAAAAGAUGUUAAGUUCCAUUUUGAUUGCAUCAGUCAAUAAUACUGAAACAGUUGUUUAAUGACAACUUAAAGUACAACAUAAUAAAUUUGGUAAUCCUC